AUGUAUAACCAACGAAUACAUUGGGCCAAAGCUUUCUUGAAAGAUGUUUUCUUUGCUGGAAUGACUACAAGUGGAAGAAGCGAGAGCAUUCAUUCAUUUUUUGAUGGAUUUGUUAAUUCCAAGACCAUGUUGAAUGAAUUUGUACUCCAAUAUGAUAAAGCAGUUGACUCUCGAAGGGCUGCCGAAGAAGAUGAAGACUUUAAGACCAUGAACUCUAGUCCAAUCCUUUUUUAUGUUCAUCCGAUAGAAGCAAAAGCAGGUCACUUUUAUACGAGAAAAAUGUUUGAGGUUUUCAAAAAAGAAUGGAUAGAAGCUAAUUGUAACUUAACUCAUGAGACUUUAAGUAAAACAACAAAAGAAAUCAAAUAUAGGGUUGGCCAGCUUAAUAUUGAUAAAAGACAUUGGAGAAUUGUUAUCUUUCGUUUUGUGGAUCAUGUGAAUGUCACGUGUUCAUGUGCUAAGUAUGAAACAUAUGGGAUAUUAUGCAAGCAUAGCCUUUACGUGAUGAAGAAAAGACAUGUUGAAAACCUUCCUGAUCACUAUAUUUUACCAAGGUGGACACUUAGUGUUAGGUAUAAGGUGGGUAAUGGCAACAUUGGACUAGAAGAAAUGAAUUGUGAAAAUGGAGUUAGUGCCUUAACUUUAUGGUGUGUUCGUUCAAAUUGUGAUAAAGCAAUCGAACAAGCAAGCGACUCCCCUGCAGAGAUAGAAAAAUUCAACAAUUUCGUGAUAAACUUUUUAGAAGAUCAAAAGAUUCGGAAAAAGCCUAAAGCAUUAGAGAAUGUUUCUCAAAGUCCUUACAAGGGAAUUUCUCAAGUAGACAUGACACCUCAGUUAUCUGUAUUUGUCCGUGAUCCUAUUGCUCCGACAAAUACGAAAGGGCGUCCAAAAAAUGCAACUAGAAUUAAGUCUUCUUUAGAGAACGUGAAGAAAAAAAGAACUUGCUCUUACUGUCGAACACCAGGUCAUUAUGCCACUGGAUGUCCUAAAAGAAAGGUAACUGUAAUAUUUACUGAUUCUUCAUGA